CUAGACAAGUUGACCCAUGGGUCUGAUCUAUGGGUUGUUGGUGGUUGUGAUCAUAACCCCGACACACCGCCACGGUCAACUCGCGGUUAUUCUAGUGUUCUGAAUUGGGCCAAAAAAUGUAAUCGAUUAGUUGGUCAAUCAGUUAAUCGUACAUUUGUAAAAGUCAAUCGAUUAGUUGCUAACUUGGCCAACUAA